AUGGGCAUGACGUCGGCCAUCAGUUUGGCGGAACCGAAGACGGAAGACCACACCAAGACGGUGGAGCUGCAGAAGGCGCUCGAGCCGUACAACGUGUUUGAGGACGAGUCCAAGCUGAACCACCGGAUGGAGAUUCUGUCCAAGCUGAAAACGCUGGUCAAGCAGUGGGUGCGCAAUGUGUCCAUCUCGAAGAACAUGCCGGAAGUGCUGGCCGAGAAGCUCGGCGGGAAGAUCUACAAGGGGACAAAUAUUGACGCGUUGUGCGUGGCGCCGCGCAACAUCGAACGGCAGGACUACUUUGGGUCGUUCUUCGAGCUGCUGAAGAAACAACCCGAGGUAACGGGGUGCCGCGCCGUCGAGGAGGCGCUUGUGCCGGUCAUCAACAUGAACUUUGACGGCAUCAAGAUUGAUUUGCUGUUUGCGCGGUUGGCGCUGAAGGAGAUUCCGGACAACUUUGACCUGCGCGAAGAUAUGCUGCUGAAGAAUCUGGACCCCAAGUUGGUGCGCAGUCUGAACGGGUGCCGCGCCACCGACGAGAUCCUACGGCCGGUGCCCAACAUUGACAACUUUCGGCUGGCGCUGCGUUCGAUCAAGCUGUGGGCGAAGAAGCAUGGAAUCUACUCCAACUCUUUGGGUUACUUUGGGGUAUGCUGGGUGUCGUGGGGUAUGCUGGUGGCCAGGACGUGUCAGCUCCCGAAUGUCGUCGCGGCCACGCAGGUACACAAGUUCUUUCUGGUGUUUUUGCGCUGGAAGUGGCCCCACCCGGUGUUCCUGAAGCGGCCGGACACCGUGAAUCUGGGCUUUCAAGUGUGGGAUUCGCGGGUGAACGUGCAGGACCGGUUCCACCUGAUGUCGAUCAUCACGCCGGCAUAUCCGCAGCAAAACUCGACCUUCCACGUGUCUAGCUCGACGCGGAAGGUCAUGCUGAACGAGUUCAACAACGGCAUGCAGAUCACGGACGAAAUCAUGCUCGGCAAGGCUGGCUGGGACUAGCUGUUUGAGGCGCCGAGCUUCUUCUUCAAGUAUCGCUACUUUAUCGUACUGCUGGUGACCUCGAACAACACCGACGACCACCUCGAGGAGUCCAAGAUCCGCUACCUAAUCCAGAACCUGGAGCGAAUCCUGCACAUCAACCUGGCCCACGUCAACCCGAAGUGCUUCGAGCAGCAGGAGUAAAACCAAAAGGACGACGGCGGCGAGGGCGCAGACAACACUCUGCUCGCUCUGGUUCAUGGGGUCAGAGCGGUCAGGGACCUGAACGUGGACCUGACCGAAAGCAUCCAGAACUUUACCGAUGCCGUGCACAAACAUGCAUUGCGUUGAUCGAUUCUACA